GAGAGUUUCACGCAAGGAGCCAAAGGUCCCAAAGGCGCCAAAGGCCCUCCGAAAGGUGCAGCUGUUUAAGUGCAAAGUCUUGGCGGUCCGAGUGAUGUUUUAAGUUUCAAGUGAAGAGUCAGAUUUUGGCGUCCUCAUGAACACUUGAAAGAUUAGAUUCUUACUUUUUGACAUUCUUGGCAAAACCGAACAGAUAUCAGACAGUUUCUUGCAAAAACUGAAGCCGUUUGGUAGAGAUUAUGCAGUUCAAACUGCAAAUGGCGAACUAACUGCAAGGAGCUGGCAAGGGCGGAACGAAAGCUGCCCCAGAUCGCGGCGAGACGAUCACUGGGGCCAACUUGGAGGAGGAGGUGUCCAAGUGGAUCGUAGCCGUCUCAGGCGAAGAGCGAGGAGAAGAGCCCUUUGCGAAGUGGCUGAAGGAUGGGAAGAUCCUUUGCAAGGUCGUCAACACCAUCCAACCAGGCAUCAUCGGCAACGUGAACUCUUCAAAGAUGCCCUUCAAACAGAUGGAGAACGUCACUGCCUUCAUCCAGGCCUGCCGAAAGCUGGGCGUCUUGGAGAAGGACGUCUUCUCCACGGUGGAUCUCUUCGAGGCGAAGAAUAUCACCUCAGUGCAGAGGUGUAUCUUCAACUUGGGCUCGGUGAUCCGGCGCACGGCCCCCGAGUUCCCAGGACCGUUUCUGGGUGUGGCGCAGAAUGCCAAAGUGGGAGACUCCAAGCGUCAGAGCCAGGUUCUCACGCAGUACACAGGCCUUCGCCAGGACGUCCAGGAGGAGCUGCGCACCGGGCACAACGUCCGCGUGGCGGGGCAACCGCCCUGAAAGGCCGUCCAGGCAGCCUCGAGAGGAGCAGCCGGGAGAGCGAGCCAGUGAGACUGUGGUCGAUUGCCCACUGCGACAAAGUCGAAGCGGUGGAGCACUUCGUACCCUGUAGAUCGAUUGAUACCUUUCCUCGGCAACAAGUCAUGGAAGCGCG